CUGAAGCACUCACUCAGUGCUGAAGUGCUGAGCAUUAGAGUCUGUGAAGAAAUGGAAAAGCAGGAUGUUGGAGCACGCUGUCUGCAGGACAACACAGUAACAUGUGAAGUUUCCGGCCACGUGACUUUCAGCUUACAUCCCUGAGGUUCUGAGAAACCACAGGAGGCUGAGACCUAAAGGGAAGGUGCAGAGGCUCUGAGAGGAGAGGCAGCGAAAGUGUCGGAGUGCUGGGCAGGAGGACAGAGAGCUUCUGGGACAGGUGAGAGUAGGAAGCCAAGGACCACAUCAGAGGUGACAGAGGAGGACAGAGGAGAGGCAGAGAAGCAAGACAGAAAGCAGGCGCACCAAGAGCACGAAGGAAGCUGAAGAGACCCUGGGAGCCAGGAACAGCAGCCAUGCCCCACAGCUCUGACAGCAGUGAUUCCAGCAGCUUCAGCCAGUCUCCCCCUCCCAGCAAGCAGGACUCUUCAGAUGACAUGAGGAAAGUCCAAAGGAGGGAGAAGAAUCGCAUUGCUGCCCAGAAGAGCCGCCUGAGGCAGACUCAGAAAGCAGACACACUGCACUUGGAGAGUGAAGACUUGGAGAGACAGAAUGCUGCCCUGCGCCGGGAGAUCAAGCAGCUGACAGAGGAAAUGAAGCACUUCACCUCGAUGCUGAGCUCCCAUGAACCGCUGUGCUCCAUCCUGACAUCCCCUCCACCGCCUCCAGAAGUGCUUUAUGCCACACACUCUUUUCACCAGCCCCACAUUAGCUCCCCACGCUUCCAGCACUGAGCCAGCCAGCAGGACAGCAGCCUGCCAGCUCCACUGAUGGCAAGAAGUAACUUUGUGGGGCUUGCUUUCCCAUCCAAGGGAAGGAAUUGGACAGAUGGACAUUCCUUCUUAAAGUAUGUAUUCUGACUGAUUUGCCUAAGACUUGCUCCCUGUGCAGAAAUGGCAGAGCCACCAUAAGGCAUCUUUGGACAGUUUCCAGCUUGGAUUCUGGGAGGAAGAGGCAGUCACAAAAGGGCACCAUCCCCCUUCUCUGGUCCUUGUUUGGGAGACUCACAGGAGUGUGCGGCACCAGCAACCUCCACAAG